AACAGUUAAUAUUAAUUUAAAAUGAUUUUAUCGUAACUGUUGUUAAUAUUUCAAAUUAGAUUUCUAUAAAUUGCAAUGAGAAGGCAGACGGUGCUAAGACCUUGUCUAAAUAAUGUGUUUCCACAACAUUAUCAUUGGCGCUGGUGACAGUGGAUGUUGCUGCAUUCCCAUCCCGAAUCCUUGUGCUUGUUGCUUUAAGUGCUGCGCGCAAUUAUGCCUUAGGCUUCUGUGCUGCGUGUUGAUCUUUGCCAUAAUCAUUGCCGUAUUAUUUCUCCUCGCUGAAGCAAUUUUCGAUCCGGAUGAAGCAACGAAUGAAGACAAUGGAAAAAAAAUUGGACCAGGAAAUAGAUCUGAAAACAAAUCAGAGGAAAUCACUAAUUACCUUAAGCGAGGUCAGACUAAAGAUGAUGUACGAAUAUCAAAUAUUAAAAAUCGACGCGGGAAUGACUAUGCUGGCGAAACGUCUAUGUGAGUUCGGAUGCCUUGAGCACCGCUGCCCAGGUCUUCUUCUGCAUAGUACUAUGUGUGAUUGGCAUAAUUGUUAUAAUAUUUUUGCUUGCUUCGGAUAUUAUUUGAAUAUGACUGGAUUAAUAGAACUGAAAGAAAAAGAUAUGUGCAAUACAAAUUAUGUGUAUAUACCAACUGGAGACAUAUUGGAAAUAAGAUAUAAUUUUGUUUUUUUAUGCUAUUGUUCAAUAUAUUGUAUUACGUUGGACAAUUUUAGUGCUUUUAUAAUAAAAAGUAUUAU